UAGUAGAAUUUCCAACACGCACAUUCACGAAUUAAUUCACGAUACAAAUGUCGGCCAUGAAGGACGAGGAACAAAGCGCAACGCAAAAACGAUUUCUUCUAGAACGGUGUACGUAGUACGGAAAGUGAGGCUGUGAUCGUUUUUAGCAAGUUAAACAUAACGUGUAACUCGUUCCUAAACUAAGCGGGCAGAAAAGGAAAUAAUGGAGUCAGCGCAGCAGACCGUCGCGGAGCUCAAGACUGUCGAGCACUCAAUUCCGCUCGACAUCUUAAGCGAUCUUUUAUCACGUUUUAUAAUUAACGUGCCCGCAGCGGCAACAGAAAACCACAUCAGGCUCUGCUUUCAAAUCGAACUUGCCUAUUGGUAUUAUUUGGAUUUUUAUGUCAGUAAUGAUGCAAAAUUGAAAGGUUGUACAUUUAAGGAGUUUGCAUCUCAUGUAUUUAAACACCUGCCAGAUUUGGAAGUACACUACAGUAGAUUGCAAGAAAUAUUGGACGAAUGGCGCGACUACAAGCAAACAGUGCCAACAUAUGGGGCAAUUCUUCUUUGCGAAGGCAACACGCACGUCCUGCUCGUCCAAAGCUACUGGGCCAAGUCCUCCUGGGGCUUUCCCAAAGGCAAAGUAAAUGAGGAUGAAGAUCCAGCGCAUUGCGCGAUUCGUGAGGUAUAUGAAGAGACGGGUUUUGAUAUUGCCAGUUAUGUUGAUCCAGAGAGCUACCUCGAGUCGGUAAUCAACGAACAAUUAGUGCGUCUGUACGUCAUUCAGGGUAUUUCGCGCGAUACGAAGUUCCAGCCACGCACGCGUUUUGAGAUCAAGGCGUGUGAAUGGUUUGCCAUCGCCGACUUACCCAACAACAAGAAAGAUCUCACGCCCAAGCUGAAAAUUGGUGUGAGCGCGAACGCGUUUUUUAUGGUUUUACCAUUUGUAAAACGUAUUAAGGCAAUAUCGGCGGGGUCUUCCAACCUCAAAGGUAAGCGCCAACGCCAUAAGUCGUCCAGUCUCAGCGAGGGCGAAGCUGUCAGUUUUAACAAAUCGCACAAUCCACAACUGACACAGUCGCAGCCAGCUGCCAACGGUGGUGGUAACAACAAACCGCCAAGCGCGAAGAAGCGCGAGAAAAAGCAGUCGAAGCGGCAACUCUUCAAUCAUCCGCAGGAAGAGUUCAGCGCGCCAUCUUGGCUGAACUUUAAAUUCAACAAGGCCGAGAUUAUGGAGUGCAUUCAAUAGGCGCCCAUACCUCCAUUUUCAUGGCGUCGAACCAAAAUUAAACCAAAAGUACGUAAAUGGUGCUCAAAAAACGAAUAAUAUAUUACAGCAAGGCAACGUGACGAAUCUUAAAUGAUGGUAUAAAUAACAGUCCGAAUCAACGGCGUUCAAAUGCAGGGUUAUUUUGAGUAUUUAUAAAAAAACAAAUAAUCCAUUUGCGCCGGCGGACUAGCAGGAAUGAUGCAGUUGAGUGCAAUCGAUCGAAACCACGUUUUUUGAGUUACAUUAUCUUUCUAUACCUAGUGUUUCUCACUAAUGACGUUCAAACAAAUAAUUUCUGCCAGUACUUCACUUAAUCAUUUACUUUUCAUUAGUUUCGUUUGUUUGAAACACUCGGUAUACAUCUAAAGCACCGCUAAUUCUUCUCAAUUCUUAAAAAUAUUUUAUCUAGCAAACAAAAUUGUGAUAAUGCGCUUUUAUUUCUAAAUUGUGUUUAUUCGAAUUCGAAUAUUGAUCUGGUACUUAACGAUUUACGUUUCGACCGUAUUAUUUUCUUACUUUUUACAAAAGUGCGAAACAUUUUAUGAAAUUGACUAAAUCGUAGAAUGACCUAUUACUUUUUUUCUUUUUCAUCAAUUGUAUUGACAAAUUUAGCUUUGUUGAUGAAACGCAUGCUAUUUUUUUUGUUUCACUCCAAAAUGAUGUGUGGCGAUAUUUAUUCGGUGUGUAAUUUUUAAAUAAGUGACAAUUGAAUGUUUAUGACGCCACGAGCACCAGAAUUGUGUGCCACGAUUUGUUUCCAGAAAGCGGCCUAACGUAUUUUCUCUUUAUUUUCGAAAGCAUGCAUUCACAAUGGCCGCUCUGUCAUGAAUUUUUGUGUUUAGUUCCAAAACGAGAAGAAAACAUUAUCAAGACAAGAACCAAUAAAAAAAUCAGGUGCAAA